AUGAAUCCACCCCCAUACGAGUUUAACUUAGAGGAACUCCAAAAACAAUGGGAUUUGGAGGAAUCUUUACUCAAACGCCAACAACAGUUACUUGAAGAGUUACAAGCUGCAAGUAAUCGAUCCCAUAAGAAGACAUACAUAGAGAGAAAUCAUGAAGCUGCCCAUCAAAGGCUGAUGAAAGACUACUUUGUCGAAUCUCCCACAUACACCGACCACCAAUUUCAUCGGAGAUACCGAAUGCAACGACCACUAUUUCUACGAAUUGUAGAUUCUCUCUCAAAUUAUGACACGUAUUUCACUCAGAGGAGAAAUAGUGCUGGAAAGCGUGGUUUAUCACCAAUUCAAAAGUGUACUGCUGCUAUACGCAUGUUAGCAUAUGGUGUUGCAGCUGAUGCUUGUGACGAAUACGUAAAGAUUGGAGAAACCACUACAGUAGAGUGUGUCAGCAAGUUUUGUGAAGGUAUUGUGGCCAUAUUUGAGAAUGACUAUUUGAGAAGGCCGAAUGAGGAAGACCUCCAACGACUACUAAAAGUAGGCGAAGAACGCGGUUUUCCGGGAAUGAUUGGAAGUAUUGAUUGCAUGCAUUGGCAAUGGAAAAAUUGUCCUAAGGCUUGGCAAUGUCAAUUUACCAGUGGACAUAAAGGCACAACAACAGUAAUACUCGAAGCGGUUGCUUCUUAUGACUUGUGGAUAUGUUUUUGA